AUGGAGGCGGCGGUUCCAGCGGCCUCCUCCGGCGCCCUGGUGCCAGCUGCCGCCACGGGCACCGCCGUGGCGACGGGGAGGGAGGCGACCCCGCCGGCCCCGAGGCGCCCGAAGAAGAUCCUGGAUGAGGAGGCCUACAUCGAGAGUUUAGAGAAAAUCAUUCAGCGAGACUUCUUUCCUGAUGUGGAGAAGUUGCGAGCGCAGAAGGAAUACCUGGAGGCUGAAGAAAAUGGUGACUUGGAGAAAAUGAGACAAAUUGCUAUCAAGUUUGGCUCCUCCUUGGGGAAAUCGUCGAAGGACACACCUGCCCCCUAUGUUACUCCAGCCACGUUUGAAACCCCAGAAGUGCAUCCAGGUGGUCUUCCACUGGGGAAUAAAUCCAAAGCUGGCAUCAAAGCUGCAGAGGAAGGAGAAGCAGAAAAAGAUGAUAAAGAUGCACUUCCCAGUCUGGACAGCUUCUUAGCAAAACACACGAGUGAAGAUAAUGCUUCAUUUGAGCAGAUCAUGGAAGUGGCCAAAGAGAAGGAGAAAGUCAAGCAUGCUUGGCUGUACAGUGCAGAAGAGGAGUAUGCCCAGCGACGAAAUGAGAACCUGGCACUUCCUUCAGCAGAGCAGCAAGCUCUGGAGAAUGUGAAAGCCGGACUGGAGACCUGGGAGUACACGGCUCGAAACACCCUCAUGUAUUAUCCGACAGGUGUACCUGAUGAGGAUGACGUAUUUAAGAAGCCCAGGGAAGUUGUCCAUCGAAACACCCGUUUUGUGAAGGACCCUUUUAGCCAAGCAGUGAGCAAAUCACAGCUCCAACAAGCUGCAGCUCUCAAUGCUCAGUACAAACAGGGCAAAGUGGGACCAGAUGGGAAAGAACUGAUACCCCAAGAGUCUCCAAAAGUGAAUGGAUAUGGAUUCGUGGCUACCCCGUCUCCUGCCCCUGGUGUGAAUGAGUCUCCUUUUAUGACAUGGGGUGAAAUCGAAAGCACCCCUUUGCGUCUAGAAGGGUCAGAAACACCGUAUGUGGACAGAACACCUGGACCAGCCUUCAAGAUCCUGGAGCCUGGGCGCCGUGAGAGGUUAGGACUCAAGAUGGCCAAUGAAGUGGCAGCUAAAAACCGAGCAAAGAAGCAGGAGGCACUUCGAAAAGUGACAGAAAACUUGGCCAGCCUCACUCCGAAAGGACUAAGCCCAGCAAUGUCACCAGCUUUGCAAAGACUAGUAAACAGGACUGCAAGUAAAUAUACCGACAAAGCCCUGCGAGCCAGCUAUACUCCUUCCCCAGCUCACACAGGAACUCCUGGUUACAAGACCCCAGCAAGUGGGCCUCAUACACCCACAAGCACCCCACAAUCUAGGACAGUGUCUCAGACACCGGUAUCUCAGGAUACUACAUCGAUCACAGACAAUUUACUGCAGCUUCCUAAAAGAAGAAAGGCAUCUGAUCUCUUCUGAAUAUUCCAGUCACCAGCAAGGUGAUAGUGAGCUGGCUGUCUGCAAACUGGAUGUUGUGAGCCAUCGGUAGUACGGGGUGCCAAGAUACAGCUGCCAGAAUGGAAGCCAGUGGGUACAAGAUCU